UAGAAAAAGGGAAAUGCAAAAACGGAAAAACCCCACUCUCUGAAGUAACCAACGCAACCCAUCACUCUUUCUUUCUUCCUCUUCCCCCCACAUACUAUUUUUUCAAAUCUAGGGUUUCCUCUGCGUCUAGGGUUUCUUCCUUCUGCAACCAUCAAUGGCGGCAAUCACAGCUCCCCAGCACCGAUCCUCGAAGACGGAGUCCUACGUUGACAACAAGCGCAAGGAUGACAUCCGCCACGCCAACAUCGUGGCCGCACGCUCCGUCGCCAACGCGGUUCGCACCAGUCUGGGCCCCAAGGGCAUGGACAAGAUGAUCUCCACCUCCUCCGACGAGGUCAUCAUCACCAAUGACGGCGCCACCAUCCUCAACAAGAUGCAGGUCCUCCAGCCCGCCGCCAAGAUGCUCGUCGAGCUCUCCAAGUCCCAGGACUCCGCCGCCGGCGACGGCACCACUACCGUCGUCGUCAUUGCUGGCGCCCUCCUCGAGCAGUGCCUCCUCCUCCUCUCCCACGGCAUCCACCCCACCGUCGUCUCCGACGCCCUCCACAAGGCUGCCGUGAAGGCCGUCGACGUUCUCACCGCCAUGGCCGUCCCCGUCGAGCUCUCUGACCGCGACUCCCUCGUGAAGUCCGCUAGCACAUCCCUCAACAGCAAGGUCGUCAGCCAGUACUCCACGCUCCUGGCUCCCCUCGCCGUCGACGCCGUUCUUUCCGUCGUCGAUGCCGCCAAGCCCGACAUGGUCGACCUCCGCGAUGUGAAGAUCGUGAAGAAGCUCGGCGGCACCGUCGACGACACCGAGCUCGUGAAAGGUCUCGUCUUUGACAAGAAGGUCAGCCAUGCCGCCGGGGGACCCACCCGCAUGGAGAACGCCAAGAUCGCCGUCAUACAGUUCCAGAUUUCGCCUCCCAAAACAGACAUCGAACAGAGCAUUGUGGUGAGUGAUUACUCUCAGAUGGAUAGGAUUCUAAAGGAAGAGCGUAGUUAUAUUCUCGGCAUGAUUAAGAAGAUCAAGGCCACUGGUUGUAAUGUGUUGUUGAUUCAGAAGAGUAUUUUGAGGGAUGCUGUUACUGAUUUGUCCUUGCAUUACCUUGCCAAAGCUAAGAUUUUGGUCAUUAAGGAUGUGGAGAGGGAUGAGAUUGAGUUCAUUACCAAGACACUGAAUUGUUUGCCCAUUGCUAACAUUGAGCAUUUUCGCACUGAGAAGUUGGGUUACGCUGAUCUUGUGGAAGAGGUUUCUCUUGGGGAUGGGAAGAUUGUGAAGAUUACUGGGAUUAAGGAGAUGGGGAAGACCACCACUGUGCUUGUACGUGGGUCUAAUCAGCUUGUUCUCGAUGAGGCCGAGAGGAGUUUGCACGAUGCUUUGUGUGUUGUUAGGUGUUUGGUUGCCAAGAGGUUUCUCAUUGCCGGCGGUGGUGCGCCUGAGAUUGAGCUCUCCAGGCAGCUGGGUGCCUGGGCUAAGGUGUUGCAUGGGAUGGAGGGUUACUGUGUGAGGGCAUUUGCUGAGGCGCUUGAAGUUAUUCCCUAUACUCUGGCUGAGAAUGCUGGUUUGAACCCGAUUGCCAUUGUUACCGAGCUGAGGAAUCGUCAUGCACAGGGUGAGAUAAAUGCUGGAAUAAAUGUGAGGAAGGGUCAGAUUACCAACAUCUUGGAGGAGAAUGUGGUGCAGCCCCUUCUUGUUAGCACAAGUGCGAUCAUGUUGGCGACAGAGUGUGUGCGGAUGAUUUUGAAGAUUGAUGAUAUUGUAACUGUGAGGUAGAGUUGAUUGAACAAUGUGGAAUUUAGAGAGAAACUGAAUCACCCAUUAUCUUCUUUUUUUUUUUUUUUGUACUUCGUGCUUUAAUUUUAUGUUGGUAGUUUAUGUUCUUUCUAGCUACUUUGGUUAAGUUCUUUUGACUUUGGCUGCUGCUGUUAUUUACAAUUUUGAAUGUCCUCAUGGAUUGUGAUGCUUGCUCAAGUCAUCAGAUUCAGAAGUGUUGGGGGUUUAUCAAUAGUUGAUGAUUUUUAUGAGCACCACUGCUAUUGAUUGUGUUCAUGCAUUUUCCUUACCUUAGCCAUACUUGUAUAUCCUGUGUCUGUAUGUGACUUUGAGUGGAAUGGUUGCAUAUUAAAAGUCGUAAUUUUAA